CAUGCGUGUUGCAAAUGAACUUUGCGAGUUAUAUUGAUCGAAAGAACGGUCAAGUUCUAUGCGAUCGAAGCUUGUGAAGAUGGGAUAAAAUUUGACCUCGUAAUUAUUUUCUUUGCCAGUGUUUAGUAGCACUAUCAGUCCGAAAGCGCGUGCUUUGGUGCGUUCCUGCGGUUGUACUCUUGCCGCUCUGGUUUGCACAAGUGGCCGCACGUCAUUGGCCAACGUAUCUGGCGAGUGCGCCGGACGCGGCCAUGAUAUGCAGCUGCCAGGAAGGACCCCUGCGCACCUCAAUCCGUGGAAACGCUUCUGCUCGCGUCGCACGAUAUGGCCACAUGUGAAGUUCUCCGAUAACCCUUCCCACAGAGUGAUAAGAGGAAGGCUCAACAUACACAUCACGAAGUGCCGCAGAGAACCCGGUGUCGACUUAAGCUUUGACCUUUCACCACUGAUCAAAUGCGCCGAACCAAGGAGUAUCAGAGGCACCUCGCCAACUGCCCAGACCGGUCAUCGACCAUCUGCAAAGAGACAAGGAACGAGCCGGACCUUUCACCACUGAUAAGUUGCGCCGAACCAAGGAGUAUCAGAGGUACCUCGCCAACUGCCCAGACCGGUCAUCGACCGUCUGCACAGCGACAAGGGACGAGCCGGACCCACAAUUUUGUAUACAAGUACCGGGUAAAACCGUUUGUUCCGGAGCCCGAGGAACAAUGGGACCUGGGUACGUGUGGAGGCAACAGCAGUCGAGAUAUCAACCCUUUCCAGCCGCCUGUGCCGCCCAUUUUCCGCACGGUCCAGGGGCUGAAGCCAGCAGAGCGUAAACGUUAGUAGCAGUCGCCUGGGAGUACCCAGAAAUGGAAAUGCCCCCCAUGCCGAACAAGGAUUCCGGGGACAUUUAACUAGUCACUCUUGCCAUUAUUUUGUUGUCACCAGUGUUUGUUCAGGCAGACUGGUAAAUAAUGGUAACAUAAAAGCUUCAAUAAACUGUUUCUAACCAGAACGUGUACUAAUUCUUUGUUUUGUUUGACAGCAGGAACCAUAGAGUUAAUUUAACCAACUCUAGAGGAACACCUGGCCCGAAAAAGUGUGAACCGCUAGCCAUGUUUUAUAUAACUCUAUGCGGCUAGCAUACCGCUAGUACAGCUAGAGCGCCGCCGCGGUGGGCGUGCGUCGUACAAAAAUCCCUCACGUGACCUUUUACUAGGGACAGGAUCGUUUACAGAUUUUUGAGAAGGCGCCAAAGGCGCGAUGGUGCCGCCGAGUGACGCCGUGGCGUGUUCGUUCUCGGCUUGAUCGUUCUCAGGACCGCGCGUUGUUCAACAUUCCUCAUGUGAUUGUGCUUGCGCUGCUUGUGUGUUGGUUGUAGGUUCUGUGUUACUUGGCGGAAAGCCGUGAGUAGUGGUAGUGCAGCAGUGCGGCUUUGGCAGUGCCGAAUCUGCGUUGUGUGACCCGUGCAUCGGCAGCGCAGUUCAGCAAACCGCGAUGUGGCGUCGCCGUGUCCGCGUUUGCAUAACGGACAUCGAGGGAUGUGCUGCUACCUACAAGUCAUGUAAAUGCGACUGCGUUGAACGCCCAUUGUUCAGUGCAGAAUGUGUGGUUGGUGUGCUGUGCUUGUAACGAGUGGUGCAGCCGUGCAGUGAAAGUGGUGGUGGAGCAGUAUAGGGGCUCCAUUUGCGCGUUCACUGACAUGUGCUUCCGUUUUGGUCUCAUUAGCGGCUGUCGCGGAAUUGUGGUGUGCACCUUGCUUAGUAUGAAGUUUACGAUGCUAACACACAGCUUGUUCACGUUUUUCCUAGCUAUAUGUCAUUUGCAUGACGACCGAGUUGGAAACGAGGCAUAUGUCUGUGUUCUUUACAUUUGUGUGUUGUAGACUACUUUCUAUUGUGGAAGUACUGGCAGUUUUAUUACGCAAGAAGUAUGAACGUAAACAUAUUUCUGUGUGUCUGAAAUUUUGAAUUGCACAUAAUAUCCUUUAUGACUAACAAGUGGGCUACACGGCCUGUGUGAAUCAGCUACCGUUUGUUGCGACGCUCUUCCGUGUAGUAGACUGAUGCAUGGUGCGCGUUUAUUUCUUUACUGUUGUAAAAAUAAUUUGUUUAUUCACUCAAUACAAAUGCGCUGCUUCUUCGCCGCAGUACGUUUUAGUUACGCGGUGAAGCAUACUACAAGUAGGAGGGGCCGCUAUCACCCAGCAUAGUAUGACCACUUAGGCGACCUGAGAAGCGGCGAGUGCGCGAGGGUAUAAUUCCCAUUCCACUUUUAGUAUGCUUCACCGCAGUACAUUGCUUAUGUAUCCCCGCGAAACAUUGGUGUGUUGCGAGAAAGGUAAUCUUAAAAAGCCCAAUUAUGCAACGUUUCUUUCGUAGCUUGCUACACCGCAAUACAUGGGUGGAAAUAAGCAUCAUGCAGUAAAGCAUACUAAGAGUGGAAAGGGCACAUAGGUUUUCACUGUGCUCAUUAUAUUCAAUUGAUAUAAUUUGCAAGCGCAUCUGUGCUCGUAGUAAGCUUCACUGACGAUUCUUUGUACAUUACAAAUUCAUAUUGCAGGGAAACCCACAAGAGCACAUAUGACAUUAUGGAAUGCGUUAUUCACCUUCAAUGCAGGAGCACAAUGCAGAUUCAUGCCCAUGCUUUUGGCUGGACAGCACAUGCUCUUUGAGAAUUCAUUCGUUCAUAAGUGCGCUGGUACUGUAAACUGGAGGGCUGAAGUUGAUAUGGAAGCACAAUUUUUAUUAAGGGGACAAGAUGUUGCCAUGAUGGUUGCAGCACAGCUUCUUUUUUCUUUUCUUCCAGGCACCUUUUCCACUAGAAGCUUCCAUUGCAGUGUUUCGAGCCUCUUUAAGCCAGAACAUAGUGUAUAUAAAAAUCGGACACUGAUUGGGAACAUUGCCUAUGCUUUCUGCAGCAAGCUGUGCACAGGAGAACUUCAUGCCCAUGUAUUGUAAAAAAAUGUAGCGUGACCAGACAAAGUGAAAGAAGGGGGUGGGCUGCAGCAAUACUAAGUGUCGAAUGGUGCUUUGUCCUUUCCCUUGAGUUUUCUGUUUUUGUGCUUUUUAUUAUGGAUCCUCCCCAGUAACCACAUGAGUUCUGAACUUGAGCUUGUUGGUUUCAGGUCUCUUGGUUGUUACUAAUAGAGGAGUGUGAUAAACGAACAAGGGCUUGGAGGCAUCCAGUCACCUUGCUUGUCUCAUGGUGUUCUUCCUGAGCACUGUGAGCCUCCAGACCAACUAGGAAGGGAGCAAGAUUCCUCAACAUCUGCAAGAUGACUCCAUCUUUCCCACGUGCGCUUCAAGUGUUGAGAUGUUCGAGAGCAACAACAGGUUCCGCCAUCAUAAAGAGGCUUUCCAUUCCUUCCUUCGCAAGUGGUCAUUAAGACUCAAGUGCAUCAUGGAAAUGGUCCCAGCCUGAAACCCUGAAUUUGUGAAUGUGGCGUAAUUGGAUGUUUAAUUGAAUGUGGCUGUAAAUGUGGAAUAAUGGAUAAUGGUCGCUGCCUCUUGGGGCAAAGUCGCACUGAUACUCUGGAUGAAGGCCCCAGUUGCCCAUGUUAGCUGUACUGUACAGACCAGCAUCUAUGCCUUUUGAGAGAAGGCAGGUAGAAGCACAAGCGCCUGAUGCUUUGCACAGGUCUGUAGCUACUCACGCUGAAGCUCCAAGGUUAUACACAGACUUGCAAACUCAAGGUUCAGCCUACAGGCCAGUAUCCACAUCUGUUGCUGAAGCUACAAAGUCACGCACGAAUCCACAUGUGCUCAAUGCUUUGCACUGGUCGGAAGCUGCUGGCUCAUUCACAGAAUUGCAAACUUGUGGUUCAUCAUACACACCAGUAUCCACACCCCUUGCUGGAGCUACAAGGCCACACACAGAACCACAUGUGCUUGGUGGUUUAUGCAGGCCUGCUUCAAAACAUGCUGAAGUUGCUAGCUUCACAGAGUUGCAACGUCUUGACGUGCUCGACUUUGACAUAAAGCUUGAGACAGACAGACAAGCUCUACAUCAGAUGAAGUACUUGGCUGUCCAAGGAGGGGACUCAACAAAACAGAAAAUGACACGCAUUCUACAGUCCCUCCUUAGCAGGAACGCGGCAAUAAGCUUCAGUUGGUUUGGAAUGAAGGGGAAAAACUUCUCCGAGCUGAAUCUGUGCAAGCUAAUGUGUGGCACAUUGACUAAUGACAUCAGACACCCAGAUGCCACCCUAAAGGAUCUCGAGAGGGCCGCCAUGACGUGGUUCCGCCAUGCUGCCGAGCGACUUCCUGCUCAACAAAUAUAAUUUUUAAAAUUUCGCUGUCAAACAUGAUCAUGCUGAAGUCAGCUUUCUUGUUGCAGAUUAUCUGCAUGGCCCGUAUGAACAUAUUUUUUUCACUAGUGUUACAUCCUUCUUUGUUUUGUUUUUAAUGUUACCAUUUGCCACAUUGAGCGCCAUCAUUUUCUUAAUGUGUUGUUUUGUGUGCCUAGCUGAAAUUUUUGUUUCCUGAAGCUUAAUUUCUUUACUGGUGCACACAGCUUGCACUACCUGCUUAACUCUCUUCUAGCAGUGUAGGAUUAAGAGUUAAGAGAGCAGAACCAAGACUAAUUAAAUGCAUCAUUGGCGUAACUUGGAACACUGUUGUACAAUGUUUUAAAAGUGCACCGCAAUGUACACGAAAGCACCUUAGCAAGUAAAUACAACUUUGAAUUCUGCUCUACUAGAUGAGAGUUAAGCAGGCUGAGCAAACCAGUAAAGAAAUUAGGUUCCAGGAAAUGAAAAUUUCUCUUGGGCACAGGAAACAACACAGCAAAAGUUUAUUUUAAACUUUGUAUUAAUAGGUCCUGUGAGGAGAAUGUGACUUAAUUACAUAUGUGUUCAUCUUAUUUAUGGGAAGCGUGCAAUAAAA